AUGUCAGAUAGUUCUUCGUUGAUAAAUCAGUCCAUCCAGGAAGCAGAGCUGAGAGAGCAGGACAGAUGGCUACCGAUUGCCAAUGUCUCAAGACUCAUGAAGAACACUCUUCCUCCCACUGCCAAAGUAUCCAAAGAUGCCAAAGAGUGUAUGCAGGAAUGUGUCAGCGAAUUCAUAUCUUUCAUAACGUCCGAGGCCUCAGACCGGUGUUUGACUGAGAAGCGCAAGACCAUCAACGGUGAAGACAUCCUGUACUCGAUGACCUCGUUGGGGUUCGAGAACUACUCCGAGGUGUUGAAAAUUUAUCUGGCAAAAUAUAGAGAGCAACAGGCCUUGAAGCAGGAAAGAGGUGAAAUCAAGAAAAAACAGAAUUCGAUCGCAGUUGCCCCGGCAUAUUACGAGUACGAGGACCAAGAAGCCCAGGUGUCUGCCAAUCCGGACUUUGAACCUGGCACUCACAACAGAUACGUGCAAGAGCUAUAUGGAGAAGAAUAUCCAGACCAGGCUACCUCAGGUGAGGCUAGGUUUGGUGAUAACUACGAUGCGAGAUACGAGCAGGAUCAGAACGGAAAUGGUUUAGGGCAGCUGAACAACUCGCAUCGCGACCUGAACCAUGAAAUACAAACGAUCAACGAAGAAUUGAUCAAGCAGGAGGAAACAGUAGACAACGAGGCCACGCUGAGCCUCAACUUGAACGAUAACAUGGCUUCUGUUGUCUCGGAGUCGGAGGAGCUGGCAUCGUUGGCGAAUGGGCACCACGGAGAAAAUGUGUUGUAUCGGUAUCAGAGUGAUUUCUGA